AUGUGCAACACGAUCCAUCGCAAAGACAAAUGGUUGGAUCACUGUAAGAAGAAACAUAGUUACAAGUUUAAGAACAAUUUAAAAAUCAAUUAUAAAGUGGUUGAAAUAAAAGUCGACAACGACCCAUGGCAAAAAUACGUUCCAGACCCAAGCCCAAGCCAAUCUACAUCCCUGGAUGACAUCCCUCAUACUUUGACGAGUAGGCCUACCCAAGACCAAGAUGAAGAUGUUUUUGAGCCAACAUCAGAAAGUUUCCAAGAUAAAUCUACCAGCGAGAUCGAGACUGAUGCAAUUACUCUACCACUACUAGAAGUCACAGACUCUGAACUAGAAACACAAAGAUCAAACCAAGAACUGGAAGAACAGGAACCUGACAAUUUUGGAACAAGUGAUGUAGAUGAACCAGACUCGGAUAUUUCAUCUAAUGAAGAUCACAGUGAUCCAGCUUCAUAUGCUAACCUCAAGCUCUCUCCUGAAGACAUAAAUGUGGCUCUAAAUUUGGAAAAUCAAGACUUAUCAUCAAUAGAAUUUCCUUCAACGGGUGGAAGAAAAUUUAAUCCUGUGUGGAAAAAUUGUAUAUUGCCCAAUAACAGUGUGAAACCUAGGAAGUGGCUAGUGUACAGUAAAAAAAGGACGCUGUAUUUUGUUUGCCUUGCACACUAUUUGCACUUCCAACUGAACGGUCUGUAUGGGGAACAACCGGCUACAGAGGGUGGACAGAGCAUAGAGGAGAAAGAGAUUUUUUACUCCACGAGACUUCCAAAAAUCAUAUAUCUGCAGAGGUUGCCAGAAUUCAAUGGAUCUCACAAAAGAGAAUAGAUUCGAGCCUUGCUCAACAAUGUAACAGAGCAGUUGACCAAAACCGAGAAGUCCUGUCAGUUGUCAUUGAUUGUUGUAGUUACUUGAGUGAGGAAAUGAUU